AUGUAGGAGCGAAUGAGUGUGACGAAUGAUUUAGUUCUGAACAAAGACAUAAAAUGGCGUCGGUUUAUUUCCAUCGUCAAAUCGCAUUGAAUGUUCGCAUUCACGCGCGUCUGACAGUUCCCAGUGUGUCUAACCUCAAAACCGCCUGUUCCGUUGGAAUAAAUCAACAAAAUGUGUCGACGAUUAGUGAAAAUGAUGCACAAAGCCGGUGGCACCGGUACAUUUUUCAAAGAUAGCACCAAAACAAUACGGCUGGUGAAUCGCGGAUGCACAAAUCGACCUUUCUAUCACAUUGUCGUCGCUGAGAAAUUUCGCGAAGUGAAAGACCAAGUGAUAGAACAAAUUGGCUCGAUGGACCCAAUGCCAAAUGAACAUAAUGAAAAACUCGUGGCACUGAAUUUAGAACGUAUUCGAUAUUGGCUGGGUGAAGGUGUCAAAGUAUCCAUACCGGCAUCAGAAAUUUUCGGUUUGGCCGGUUUGUUCCCAAUGGCACCACAAACGUACAUGAAGGCAUGGCGAAACCGUAAGCAACUGGCGCAACAAGCAGCAACGGGUGGCGAAGCCCAAGAGACAUCAUCAUAAAUACCUACAUUAGCUUGUUUUUUUUUUUUAAAUCAUUAUCACGUGUAUGAGAAUUUAGUGCUCUAAUAAAAUUGGAUUAGUUGUAUUUACAAAACGAAA